AUGCAAAAAUGUGAUACACAGAAGCUAUCAUUAAUAUUUCAGGGAAAAUGUCUGGAUCUAACCUGUGAAGAAGAAUAUAAUUUAGACCAGAGCCUGGAAUGUCGUCCUAAAUUCUUUGAGUGGAGAGAAAAUAACUACGAGCUGAGUAUGAUUUUCAAACCGUCGCGUCAAGUUGAAAAACAAACCCUUGAUGAAUUAGCACCACAUCUGAUGAAUAUUUUAAAGAACAAAGUGACACGUAAUAACCUUAGCGAGUACUUGUGUGUAAUACAUGUCUUUGGACUUGACGAGAAUAAUGAAUGGUAUUUUGGAGCUCUCAUUGGCUUCAUCAUAAAUAAAAGACAUGACAUCGAUAAAAUGAUCGAAAACCUAAUACAUAUUUUUGAGAAAGAUAGUGCACUAACUUUUCUCGAUUAUGUACAUGGUUAUAACAUGAAAGUUUCAAGUUCUAUACAAGGACAAAGGUUCCAUUUGAGAAAGAAUAAUGAGCAUUUCAUAUAUUCUCCUUGUCACCAGUAUCUUAAUCCCACGACUUUCACACAAAUAUUUCCAUUGUCUAGUUUAGAAUAUGAAAAUUCAUUUCUUUGUUCAGAAGUAUCAUCGACAAUAGUUGUGGCCGAUUGGUACCGUUGUCUGAAGGUGAAGAUAUCCACAGAAGAUACCAAAAUAAGACUGAUAAAUAAUUCCUUGUGUCUUUUAGACUAUGACCACUGCAUUCCCUCCCGAUUUUUUAAAAAAGAUUAUAGCAGUCAACAAUUUGAGGUUUGCCUCGACUGGUAUAAACGAGCUACAAAUCGAAUGUCCGCCCAAAAAAGGAUCUCAGAUAAUGACGUGAAUAUUUAUUUGUCCGUCGUUUGUCUUUCCUUAUCAUCUUGUGGAUCUCUCUUCACUAUCAUAUCCUACCUUGUACAGAAAGACCCUAUAAAUUCCGCUGGGGCUAAUAUUAUCAUUCUAUCUCUCUUCCUGAUUAUUGCAAACACUAUUUACACUUUCUCAAAUUUUUUCUUACAGACCAAACUUUUGUGUAUUGCAGCUGGUGUAUUAAUUCAUUUUUCCUGGUUGUCAGUUGUCUUUUGGAUGAGUUUGUCCUCUUUUCAAGUCUUUCACACUUUUACCAAAAUUACUGUACCCACAUUAAAAGGAAAAUCCAAUGUGCUUUGUUUCCUACUCUUUAAUACCCUUCUUUGUCUUCUGAUGAUCGGUGUUAAUGUCAUUAUAAGCUAUAGUUUCAGUGAGGGUCAAAGUUUAGGGUAUUCUCCUCGCACAUGUUACAUAGCGGAAUCCAAUAUGAUACUUUAUACUUUUGCUGUACCUGUUGGUAUUACUGUCUGUAUUAAUACUUUUAUGUUUGUUGUGACGGUCAGUCGUAUCCAUAAGAAGGGAGACAUGCGAAAAUCUAGGGAUCAAAAUAGAGUUGGCGCAUACUUCCGGUUAUCUACUCUGACUGGUAUGUCAUGGGUCUUUGGUUUCCUUGCUAAGUUUACCGACCUUCAAGUAUUUUCAAUCUUGCAUAUAGUAUUCAGUGCGGGUCAGGGUAUUUUUCUUUAUUUGGGAUUUGGAAUGCCACUUGGUAUCAAGUGGAAGUAUGCGAGGAACUCAUAA